AUGGAAAACUGUUUGGAUGACUUGCGCGACACAAUAUGUAUCCCGUAUCUUGAUGACGUCAUCGUAUUUCGUGCCACGUUCGAGGAUCAUGUGGAACAUCUUCGGAAGGUAUUUCAGCGUUUAAGGGAAAAUGGGGUAAAGCUAAAGCCUCAAAAAUGUAAGUUGUUCGAGAGAGUAGUGUUUUUGGGACGUAUUGUUUCAGAAAGCGGUUAUCGAAUGGACCCUGCAGGCGUAGAGGUUAUCCACCAUUUGAAGUCGUCCCCUCCAAAAAACGUUGGUGAUGUUAGGCGUUUAAUGGGACUGCUAAAUUGCUAUCGGAGAUACAUUCCAAAUUUCUCUAGAAAAGCGAAACCAAUAUACGAUCUAAUUAAGAGUGACGGUGUAGAGACAGGAAAUAGCAAACAUAAUAUGAAAUCGAAAGGACAGUUACCCUCUAGUACUAUUGUGCAGUGGACUAACGAUCAUCAACUCAUCCUUGAAGACCUGUUAGAUCAUUUGGUUGACCCACCUGUGAUGGCCUACCCAGAUUUUACCAAACCGUUUAUAGUGUGCACUGACGCGUCUGAAGAGGGACUGGGAGCCGUCCUGUACCAAAGUCAAAACGGUGAAACAAGAGUUAUUGCGUAUGCUUCUCGAAGCUUGACACCCGCCGAAAGAAAUUACCAUCACCAUUCGGGCAAGUUGGAAUUUCUUGCACUAAA